UUCAUGCUUAAUUAAUUGUUUACUAGUAUUAUGAGUACUUCGAUGGAGUUGGUGGAUGUCUCUAGGGUGUACUGGAAGGAAAUAGCAAAAAAAUGCAACAAAGCAGUCGUCUUCAUUGAAAAUUCGGCGGCCGAAAGCUUACACUGGUGUGGAGGGCUGGCUCUGUUGAAGAAUGCGGCUCAUGUUAAAGAAUUUUCAAGUUUUGAGUUUGCACCCACAGAUCAAAAGAAAGCUGUUUUCAUUGUGGGUAACCCGGCUCUACGCAGCUCAGAGAGAACUGUUAAAAACAUUAUUCAGAACAGUGAUCUAGAAUACUGUAUUCUGAUAACAUGGUGCCAACCCAAUGUUCUGUCAAUGUCCAAGUUUCCAAAUAGAGAUUUCAACGUUGACGACAAAAGUGGUUUAGCGUGGCUAGAGGAUAAUCUGCUUGAUUGGAUGGGUAAUAGGAACUAUACUGCGGAGGUAUUUUACUAUCCAAUAUUCUUUUGCUCCCCUUGCAAGGAGAGCUUCUACACUCCCUCUUACCUACCCCUGUUCCCCCUCCUCCAUGACGACGUCACCAAGUGUGUCGCGUACUGGAAGGUUUUUAACCCCGGGCAACCUUUACCCUCCAGUGAGUCUGGUAACUGGUCGCUCUACCCUGAUGAAUUAAAAACUGAGAUCAGACGACUUGUGACAAAUUUUCAUUCUCUGUUUGGAACACUAGGCCUUAAGGAGGAUAUCUGGUCUCUGGGACCUUUUUCUAAGUGUAUUGGGGAUCAGUUGGAGAGUUGGCUACCAGCUCGGAACCGAAGAAAGACGGCUCAAGGUUCAGUUAGUCUCAUCCUGGUUGAUCGAACUCUUGAUCUGGGUGGAACUGUGGUUAGUUUCGUAGACUCUAUGCUGGGAAGGAUUCUAGAUUGCCAUGAAAAGCUAGAAGGACAUACACUAGAGGUUUGGUCAAUCACCAUCAGCAAAUCAACCAACAACGAUGUUUGUGUAAACCUGAACCAUCUGCUGGGAAUAUCCAACCCGGAUAUAUUCGUUCCCUCGAGCCUUGCCCAUCCUGGUGCUGCAGAGGAUUCCAUGGAAAGAGAAGAGUUUAGGGAGCUUGUGUACGGCUCUGAGAAGGAGCUUCUAGUCCAACUACAUCAGAACCUUGGCAAAUCGUCGCCGAAGAAAUCAGAUUCGGCCAAGAAGAAAAUUUUGAAUGUCCAAGGACUUGAGAAUGACUUGAAGGAGUAUGAAGGUGACCUGGAGAGUAUCCUUAGUAACCUCGGAUCUAUCUCUAGAGGCCAGGCCUUCAUAAAUACGGCCUCCAACCAGAACAUCCUCAAGAGGAAGAGGUUACAGUCUCUAGCCUCGCAGUUUGGUCCAGAUCUUCGGGAUAACAGAGACGGAGUUCUGACCCAGAUAUCAGAUCUGGUUCUAGGUCGAGCAGACUCCAAGCUCUCCCUGGUGGAUCUAAUCCAGCUCCUUGUUUACAUCUACAGUGUUCACCAUAUUCAGGAGAAGUUCCGGGAGGAUGAGGAGGAGAGGAUCAAAUCCGUCCUAGGUGAAGCAAUACUAACCGAGGGUCGAGCAGAUAACCUGGAUCCUAUUCUUCAAGCUCUUUUUAAAAGUUUAAGGGAGAAUGAGGAAGAAAUGAAUGAGCUGGUUGCCUUGAACAUAGUAAACUAUAUCUGGAGUAGGUUAGAGGGUAUACAGGCAUACAGAUCUACACUACACUCCUACCUUACCCUACUAGAUGAGGACGGGAAUUAUUAUGGAAUUUUGCAACAGUUGUUAGAAGACAUCUAUCAUCCAAACAGUAUAGAGAUUCCAGAUUUAUUCCAUCACACUGGAGGACUUGGCUCCAUGAUAAGAUCCAGUUUAAGCUGGUUUGGGGCAGGGAGUAAUAAACAGCAUCCCAGACAAAAUCCGUGGAUCAUAGUUUAUGUGGUGGGAGGGAUUACUCCAGGAGAGAUGAAAGAAUUGCAGAAAACUGUCCUCGGCACCGAGAGUAAGCUUACUAUCGCAGGCUCAGGUAUUCUGACUGCAGCAGACUCGUUGAACCUAAUAUUCAGCAAUAACCCGCUCCUCACAGAUAGAUAGAUAACUUAACAGAAGACGACAUUCGAUUCGAGUUAUGCUUCACUUUACCAGAACACAUUCGAAUUUCAAAAAAUGAAUUUCACACCACCUGUGAUUUGUACAAUUAUUUUUUAUUGAUAUAAUAUAUAUUUAAA